AUGCCAACCGUUUCAUCACUUUUACAAAACGCUCGGGUUUGUAUGCACUUUCCCGAACCACAAAAACAGUGUAGCUGUCAUCUUAAUGAUCCACCACCAUGGACGGGUGAAAUUCACGGCUUAAGCCAGGCCCUGCUCAGUGAAACUACAGCUCUGAAAGUAUUCUGGUGGAUAGUCAUGAUUGUAUGUAUAAUAUGCGGUUCUGUAACUACAACAUUGGUAAUACUGGAGUACGUGGAUGGACCGACAGCCACUUCGACGACAAUACGACUAGUUGAAAGCUUAGAGUUGCCAGCGAUUACGAUUUGCCCAAAAGUGCCGGAUGCAUUCAAUGCAACUGGCAUCCUCGGUGACAUACGGGUUUCCUUUCCAAAAAUCGAUGAUGCGACUGCUCUCGAUUUGAUACGAUUUUUUGUUGGUGGCAAUGGUUUGGAAAAUAUGGAUGAUUUAUCCUAUUUCAAUCGAACUUACAUGAGCUUUUUAAAUCAAUUGUAUAAAACUUGGUCCAACGGUUAUACAACCGAUGAAUUCUUCCAUCUCAUACAGCAAAAAUACGGGUAUGUUUGCGAUGAGCUAUUUCGCGAAUGUCAAAUGGCAGGAAAAAUUAUGAACUGCUGUAAUGAUCUGUUUGUACGACAGGUGGUUAUGAGAAGAGGAAUUUGCUUCCAGACAAGAAAAUUCGUUAAUCAGACGGAAGCGGACGAUAUCGGAAGGCUCAUAUUGAGCCUGAAAGCUCCUCCAAGUAUCACUAGCCCCUACUACAAUUACACCCAACCUCAAAUCAUUGUAUAUGUGACGGAUAACUUUGAGCAUGUUGUUGAUUUCCCACGUUUCUACCUAUAUCCAAAUGAAUGGAAUCGUAUGCGGUUCACGGCGAGGUACAUAGCCCUUAUCGAAAACCAGGAUGUUUGCACCCAGAGGAUAUUUGGCAAAGACGCCGAGUGCGUCAUCCGGAAAUGGCUGCUGUCAAACAUCGUGUAUCCGUUUAAUUGCACUUUGUCAUACUUAACAAAAAUCGGUGGACUUCCUCCAACAACGGGUGUUUGUAAACCGGAACUUAUUGCCGAUAACUACUACAACAGUAUUCAACUGGUAUGGAACAGUAUGAACGUUCAGGAAGAGUGCAUCCCUGGGUGCCAUCGGUGGGACUAUCAAACGUCUCUUCAACAAAGUCAAACGCUGGUACCAUUUCCUGACUACACUUUUAAUUUGGAGGCCUCCUUUAAUGACCUUCAGUACGAGUACGUUCGAGAAGUAUACACAACUUCAGUACCAGGAUUUAUGUCACAAAUUGGAGGGCAAUUCGGAUUUUUCCUUGGUCUGUCCAUCAUCACAUUGUUGCAAAUGAUCCUGUAUGGACUUCAUUUCAUCGUAACAACUGUGGCUGACAAGGCCAAGCGGGUUUACGCAAUCUCAACGUCCUUCCUAUACAGCGACUCUGGUGGAAAAGGUGGCUUUCUGUGUUUAUGA